GUUCCUGCCACCACGUAAUCCCCCUCCUUCUCUCUUCCCUCCAUCCUCAAAAUCAUGGGCCUCAGAUCUCUCUUCAAGAAGAAGAAACAACAACAACAACAACACCAGGAGCCGGAGCCUGACAACGACAGCAUCCCAAUCGCAACGGCACAGGCAUUCGAGAUGGCAUCGAGGAUGGAGGACGAGCUGGAGAAGGUGUUCAAGAAAUUCGACGCGAACGGGGACGGGCGCAUCUGCGCGGAGGAGCUGGGGGCGAUCAUGAGGAGCCUGGGGCACCCGGCGUCGGAGGAGGAGCUGCGGGGGAUGAUCCGCGAGGCCGACGGCGACGGCGACGGCUUCAUCGACCUCCGCGAGUUCAUCGAGCUCAACAACACCAACGUCGACGAGGUGCACGAGACGCUCUGCCACGCUUUCCAGAUCUUCGACGCCGACAACAACGGCACCAUCUCCGCCGACGAGCUCCACAACGUCCUCCGCAGCAUCGGCGAGGACUGCUCGCUCGACGACUGCAAGAGGAUGAUCAGCGGCGUCGACAUCGACGGCAGCGGCACCAUCGAUUUUCAUGAGUUCAAGGUCAUGAUGACCAAGGGCGCCCGCUUUGACCAUUCCAAAUCGGAAUGAUUUUGUCAUUUAUGAUAUUCAGAGACGAUGAAUGUUUUGCUAAUCGGAUCUCUCACAAAAAUUUACAUUUUUUGGAUUUGUUUAUAUUUAUUUGUUAUUUUAUGUUUUGGUGCUGAUUCUCUGGAGUCUGGGUAUUUAAUUUAUUUUUAUUUAUUUUUUAGUUUUAGUUUUUUUUAUUGAAACUUUUUUGUCAGGAUAAGUGCUAUAUGAUACGGUUAACUUUGGUUUUGAAUUUAGGUUGUUAAUGAUUGUAGAAAUGUUGAUUA